UAACAGCAUUCAGCAUUGAGGAUGGCAUCCAGCAGUAUCCUUCUUCCCGGGCAACCUCUGCCGUCCAAUUUGACCCAACCGCCAUUACCGCAAUGCGGACCGGGAUGCUAUGAAUUCGAGGGCAAGAUUUUGGCCAGUAUCAUCGGCAGACCCUAUCGAGACGGAGCGACUGUGGGAGUAAAGGGAAGGGAUGAUGGAGCCGCUGUUCCUGAUGUGGAUGCGAUAGUCACCGGCACCGUCACUCGUAUAACCGCUCAACAGGCGCAUCUGAACAUCUCAACUGUCAACAACCGACCUGUCCCGGAAUCGAGUGAAGAAUUCGUCGGUGUAGUGAGAAUAGCGGAUAUCCGCCUCACCGAGCGAGACAAGAUAAAAAUGGGUGAAUGCUUCAGGCUGGGUGAUCUAGUCAAGGCCCGAGUGCUAUCCCUUGGCGACGCAAGAAGCUAUUACCUGAGCACAGCCGCCAACGAAUUAGGCGUGGUCUCAGGAACAUCAGAGGCAGGCAAUCCCCUCAUCCCAGCUUCUUUUCAGGAGAUGGAAGACGCAAUCACAGGCAGAAUGGAGCGUAGAAAAGUCGCCAAACCCGAGGGUGUAUGAUCAGCACACGCGAGCAUUGCAUGUGUGGGGGGGAGAGGGGUGGUCAAGCUGCGCGUCUGCCCUCGCCAGUCAGGUGAAUGGUCUAGAUCGGAUCCAUUUCGACGUCUCCAUGUCUAUUUUCAAGGUUCAACAGGACAAUUUUGGGCGAAUUUACCCUCCGUUCAAACGUUUGUUCGUCGGUAGGAUCGCCUUGGUUGGACGUCCCCGCCCUCAACUGCCCGGAGGAGGAGGAGGAGUAGGAAGGAGGAGGAUGCGCAGUUCCACGCCCUAUGAGCCAUGCAUAUGCAAGGCACCCGUUCAACGCCCCAUCCCUUCGCCCGGAUCAUAAAGUCACAUUGUGGAUUGUUUUAUUAAUAGCCGCAAACCCAAAAAUCUGAUACGUCAUAACAGCGUCUGUCUGCGUGAUCCAACGUCGGUUCUGUGCUGCUGCUGCGUAUGCAAU